AUGUCGGCAUCUCUAGCGCCAGAAUGCAACGAUGUGAAGGAACGCUACGAUACUUGCUUCUUGAAGUGGUAUAGCGAAAAGUACUUGCGUGGUAGCGCUACCACAGAUGAGUGCGAGCCACUGUUCAAACAAUACAAGACUUGCUUGAGCAAAGCGCUCAAAGAACGUGGUAUCGACCAGAUGCUCGAAGAGGCCCGUGCAGACAACAAAGAAAACGAUGCCGAGUAUCUGAGACCCAGCGGUCGAUGA